GACAGCGAUUAAGGGCAUUGUUCAUAUUGCUGGAGAUAGACAGUGGGGCUGGACGGCAUACUUUAUUCCCAGUAACAUUUAGGGGUUUCUGACGUUUCUUUUCAUAUAAGACGCUUUUAUUUUUUGUCGUUUGGCUAGGAGGAACUAAUGACCAUUAUUUUGUGCCACACGGAACUUGAAGUUGAGACAAAAGAUCAAAUCAAGUAAACUAAAGUAACGUUACAAGUAACAACAGAUGUGGAUGAGACGGUGUUAUAAACGCGCAAAUGUUUAAAAACACCUUUCAAAGUGGAUUCCUAUCUAUCUUGUAUAGCAUUGGGAGCAAACCUCUUCAGAUAUGGGAUAAAAAGGUCAGGAACGGCCACAUAAAGCGGAUUACAGACAAUGACAUUCAGUCGCUGGUGCUUGAAGUGGAGGGAACAAAUGUCAGCACAACCUACAUCACUUGUCCGGCAGACCCAAAGAAGACACUUGGCAUCAAACUCCCGUUCUUAGUUAUGAUCAUUAAGAAUUUGAAGAAGUAUUUCACUUUUGAAGUCCAGGUGCUGGAUGACAAGAAUGUGAGGCGGCGGUUCCGGGCCAGUAACUACCAGAGCACCACUCGGGUGAAGCCCUUCAUCUGUACCAUGCCUAUGAGGCUGGACGACGGCUGGAACCAGAUCCAGUUUAACCUGUCUGACUUCACACGGCGGGCCUACGGCACCAACUACAUUGAGACACUCCGCGUACAGAUCCAUGCAAACUGCCGCAUACGGAGAGUGUACUUCUCUGACAGACUGUACUCGGAAGAUGAGCUCCCUGCAGAGUUCAAACUUUAUCUACCCGUACAGAACAAAGCAAAGCAGUAACGUAGCGGAAUCGAUUCUCCUCCCCCAUUCCAGAUGUGAAUUUUAUUUGCAGAUAGUCUACAUUUGUUUUAAUGUUUUUGCUUUGAAGUAUUUUGGAACCAUGUGAUUAUUUUCUCUGCACAAUAAACAUUUUGUAAUUUUGAGUAAACCCUCAA